AUGACAACAUCAAGUGUUGCUGAAAUAAAACCUAGUCAUGUUAUUAUUUGGCUAGAUAAAAACAUGGGUGUUAGUCAAAACAAUCGAACUAGUAAAAAAGAUCUUGCCAGUAAUGCUAACGUAGAUUGUAUACCAUCAAAUGAACGUUCUUAUGAUAUUAACAAUUUAAUUCGAUUUGAUGAUCCAAAUAUGAAUGACGAACAAUGGAAUAGUUUAAUUCAAAAUGUAUUACAAAUGUUUACAGAUGAAGAAAGCUGUAUAAAGUUUAUUGAUGAUAAUCUAAUAGCAAAUAAACAACCGUUUUUAAUUGUAUCUGGACAAAUGGGUGUCACUUUUAUGCCUCGAAUACAUACAAAAUUAUCUGGUUAUAUUUAUGUCUUCUGUGGUCAAAGACAUUUACAUGAAUGGACCGAUGAAUAUUUAAAGCAUAUUGAAGUAUAUGACGAUGAAUCAGGUGUCUUUGCAAAAGUAUUGGCAGAUAUUGGCAUAUAUCACUUUAGAAAAAGUGAAGAGACAUUGAAUAAAACAAAUGCAAUUAAGUAUCUUGAAUGGGCUCGACGAUUAUUUAUGCGUGCUAUUCAACUUGAUCAUAUCAAAAGAACAGAUUAUCUCAAUAUGAUAGAUAAGGCAUUAACUGAAUUGAAAGCAUCACAAUUAAAUGAUGAUAAUGAUGAUCAAGCAGAAAAAAUAGGACAUGAUGCUGAUGAAGGUUAA